AUGGCUGAGCACUCGCAAGAUCCAGCCUCUGCUACAGCAUCUACUCCAGCCGCUGCUCUAGUCACUGCUCCAGCUGUUGAUCCUGCCUCUGCUCUAGGCUCCACUCCAGAGGAUGUUGGGGUUUCCAUUCAUGACAUAGUCUCUGAGCCUGAGGAUCCCUCCGUUCAAGCAGCCAUUAUGUCAGAUAUUAUUGCCAAUAUGCCCAACAUUGCCUGUACACAAAGGGCUGUCCCAGUGAUCACUGUGCCGUUUGCAUCAUCUAAGGCCAAAGGGAAGGCCAAAAUCACUGAUCCAGAUGAACCUCCAGUUGCUCCUGUUCCAGCUCCAACGGUUAAGAGAAAAUUAAAUUUGUCUGAAGAUAUUGAAUUUGUGCAUGAAACUCGCCCAAGUAAACGCUCUGAACACCGUCUGACGGGCCUUGCUCUGCGUACUAGAUCCAGGACUGGCAUGUCUACUCCAGCUCCUCCUCCAGCUUCUGCUCCUGCUUCAAAGCCAGCCGCUUCGUCUAAGACCAGGGCCUCUAAGGUAUCCAAGGAAACACUUUUCAAACCAAUCUUGCUCUCUCCUUCCCUGGAAACAAUUUGGCAACUACAUUGCAGUCGCGACAUCCUUGUUGAGAAUAACUUUAGCAUUGAGUAUCUUAUCCGCACUUGCAACAUCAUACAUCUUCUUCAUGCCCAGAAUCUUCUUCAGACUAUACAAAAUGUGGGUGCUUACUUUGCUUGGCUAAUCUCAGAAUUUUAUGCAAAUAUACAAUCUGAUUCUCUCCUGACAGCUUCUCCGCACUAUCAUCGGGUAUUCUUGAGGGAUGUUUGGUAUGACUUCAGUCCCGCUAUUAUAAAUGCUUAA